AAAUAAAUAUCUUCUUCAGAAUGAAAUAUAAAAGAGGCUCAAUGUGUUCAGUAAACAUCACUAGGAAAAGUGGACACUAGCUUCCAACUUGAAGUUGCUGAUGUUUUUUGGAGAGAGCUCAGAUUCCCAGGUUAUUCAGUGCUCCCUCCCACAGACUCUGACAUGUAUAUAAACUCUGAGCUCUCCAAAGCCCACUGCCAGUUCUCUUCGUGGACUAACUGCAGCGGAGAGACAAAAGAUGAUUCCCUUCUUACCUAUAUUUUCUCUCCUCUUGCUGGUUGUUGUUAACCCUGCAAACGCCAAUGGCCAUUAUGACAAGAUUUUGGCUCAUAGCCGAAUCAGGGGCCGGGAUCAGGGCCCAAAUGUCUGCGCCCUUCAACAGAUUUUAGGCACCAAAAAGAAAUACUUCAGCACUUGUAGGAAUUGGUACCAAGGUGCCAUCUGUGGAAAGAAAACGACUGUGUUAUAUGAAUGUUGCCCUGGUUACAUGAGAAUGGAAGGAAUGAAAGGUUGCCCAGCAGUUUUGCCAAUUGACCAUGUUUAUGGCACUCUGGGCAUCGUGGGAGCCACCACAACACAGCGCUAUUCUGAUGUCUCAAGACUGAGGGAAGAGAUUGAAGGAAAGGGAUCAUUCACUUACUUUGCACCGAGUAAUGAGGCUUGGGACAACUUGGAUUCUGAUAUCCGGAGAGGCUUGGAGAGCAAUGUAAAUGUUGAAUUACUGAAUGCUUUACAUAGCCAUAUGGUUAAUAACAGAAUGUUGACCAAGGACUUAAAAAAUGGCAUGAUUAUUCCUUCAAUGUAUAACAAUUUGGGGCUUUUCAUUAACCAUUAUCCUAAUGGGGUUGUCACUGUUAACUGCGCUCGAAUCAUCCAUGGGAACCAGAUUGCAACAAAUGGUGUUGUACAUGUCAUUGACCGUGUCCUUACACAAAUUGGUACCUCAAUUCAAGACUUCAUUGAAGCAGAAGAUGACCUCUCAUCUUUUAGGGCAGCUGCUAUCACAUCUGAUAUACUGGAGUUCCUGGGAAGAGAUGGUCACUUCACCCUUUUUGCUCCCACCAAUGAGGCUUUUGAGAAGCUUCCACGAGGUGUCCUAGAAAGGAUCAUGGGAGACAAAGUGGCUUCUGAAGCUCUCUUGAAGUACCACCUUUUGAACACCCUCCAGUGUUCUGAAGCUAUCAUGGGAGGAGCAGUCUUUGAGACUCUCGAAGGAAACACCAUUGAGAUAGGAUGUGACGGUGACAGCAUAACAGUAAAUGGAAUCAAAAUGGUGAACAAAAAAGAUAUCGUGACAAAUAAUGGUGUCAUCCAUUUGAUUGAUCAGGUCCUAAUUCCUGAUUCUGCCAAACAAGUUAUUGAGCUGGCUGGAAAUCAGCAAACCACUUUCACAGACCUCGUGGCCCAGUUAGGCUUGGCAUCCGCUCUACGGCCAGAUGGGGAAUACACUUUGUUGGCACCUGUGAAUAAUGCAUUUUCAGAUGACACUCUGAGCAUGGAUCAGCGGCUUCUUAAAUUAAUUCUGCAAAAUCACAUAUUGAAGGUAAAAGUUGGCCUUAAUGAGCUUUACAAUGGACAAAAGCUUGAAACCAUUGGAGGCAAACAGCUCAGAGUCUUCGUCUAUCGUACAGCUGUCUGCAUUGAAAAUUCAUGCAUGGUGAGAGGAAGCAAACAAGGAAGAAAUGGUGCUAUUCAUAUAUUCCAAGAAAUCAUCAAACCAGCAGAGAAAUCCCUCCAUGAAAAAUUAAAACAAGAUAAGCGCUUUAGUGUCUUCCUCAGCCUACUUGAAGCUGCAGACUUGAAAGAGCUCCUGACACAACCUGGGGAUUGGACUUUAUUCGUUCCAACCAACGAUGCCUUUAAGGGAAUGACAAAUGAAGAAAAGGAAAUUCUGAUUCGUGACAAAAAUGCCCUUCAAAACAUCAUCCUUUAUCACCUAACACCAGGAGUUUUCAUUGGAAAAGGAUUCGAACCUGGUGUUACUAAUAUUCUGAAGACCACACAAGGAAGCAAAAUCUAUCUGAAAGGAGUAAAUGAUACACUUCUGGUGAACGAAGUGAAAUCAAAAGAAUCUGACAUUAUGACAACAAACGGUGUCAUUCAUGUUGUAGAUAAACUCCUCUACCCAGCAGACACACCUGUUGGAAAUGAUCGGUUGCUGGAAAUACUUAAUAAACUGAUCAAAUACAUCCAAAUUAAGUUUGUUCGUGGUAGCACCUUCAAAGAAAUCCCCAUGACUGUUUACAGACCCACAAUAUCAAAGGUCAAAAUUGAAGGUGAACCUGAGUUCAGACUGUUUAAAGAAGGUGAAACAGUAACUGAAGUGAUUCAUGGAGAGCCAAUUAUUAAAAAAUACACUAAAAUCAUUGAUGGAGUGCCUGUGGAAAUAACUGAAAAAGAGACAAGGGAAGAACGAAUCAUUACAGGUCCUGAAAUAAAAUACACUAGGAUUUCUACUGGUGGGGGAGAAACAGAAGAAACUUUGAAGAAAUUGUUUCAAGAAGAGGUCACCAAGGUCACCAAAUUCAUUGAAGGUGGUGAUGGUCAUUUAUUUGAAGAUGAAGAAAUUAAAAGACUGCUUCAGGGAGACACGCCUGUGAGGAAGAUACAAGCCAACAAAAGAGUUCAAGGAUCUAGAAGACGAUCAAGAGAAGGUCGUUCUCAAUGAAAAUUCCAGCAACCAGACAACAAAGUUUAUUCAACCCUAAAUGAAUAACAUGAUUUUAAAAGAAAAUUAUGAGAGCUAUACUGACUUCAGGAAAUGAACCACCAGCACAAAAAAAGCAAUCAUUGAACAGUUCUGAAUACAAAUUUCAUCUUUUUUUCUCUGAAUGAAAUUGUGGGGUUAAUCUUCUGUAGGAUAGAAACUGAAGGAAAUAGAACACCUUGCAUACAGGUUUUUAUAUCUUGAAAUUUAAAAUUCUGGCUAACUUUGGAAUCCACCAAAGAAAAUUCUUGUCAAUGGAUUUAUUACAAUUUAAAUCUCAUAUUCCAUUGAGAAGAUUGAGCCUUGAAUCUAAGAGAUAGAUAAAAUGUAUGCAAGCAGGUACCUCUCAUGAGAAACUAAGUUAUAAAAAUGGGUGCUCAGUAUUAAAAAAUAACAAAACUUUUACUUCGAAAGGCUUUGCACAUUUCUAAUACAAUGUGGGUUUACCAGUAAAUUAUGUUAUUUCUACAACCAAUUUUGUACUCUUGAAAUGUUUGUCAUAUGCUUUUUGCAAUACAUAUUUUUUAUCUCAAACAUUUCAAUAAAACAUUUUCUUUCAGUUAUAAACAGAAAUACUUUAAAUUGGGUAGUUCAGAAAACUCAAGGUUUAAAUUAAUAAGUGGUUUGGACUUGGGAACAGGACUUUAUACCUCUUUUUUUUUUAUAGCAAAUACUCAUUAAAGGAGAUUGAAUGAAUU